AUGGUCAAAAUCGACCAAAAAGCCGUGCUCAUCGUGAUCGACGGCUGGGGUGUACCAUCGGAGCACUCCCCUCCAGAUGGCGACGCUAUAGCUGCAGCAGAGACUCCUGUAAUGAGUGGUUUCGCCAAAGAUGGAUCAGACACCGCCCAAGGCUAUACCGAGCUCGAAGCGUCCUCCCUCGCCGUUGGUCUGCCCGAAGGUCUCAUGGGCAACUCUGAAGUCGGCCAUUUGAACAUCGGUGCGGGCAGAGUAGUAUGGCAAGACGUCGUGCGCAUAGAUCAGACAGUCAAGAACGGAGAAAUGAACAAGAACAAGACAGUCACCAAUGCUUUCCAGCGGGCGGUCGACGGCAACGGUAGACUACACCUGUUGGGUCUGAUCAGCGACGGAGGUGUGCACAGCAAGAACGAACACCUAUAUGCCCUCCUCGAGGUAGCCAAGGAGAUGAAGGUUCCCAAGGUGUUCAUUCACUUCUUCGGUGAUGGCCGCGAUGUCGACCCCAAGUCGUCCGCUAAAUACAUGGAGCAACUCCUCGCCAAAACGAAAGAGAUCGGUAUCGGUGAGGUUGCUACCGUUGUUGGCCGCUACUACAUCAUGGAUCGCGAUAAGCGAUGGGAGCGCGUUACCGUCGGCAUGGAUGGGCUUGUCAAAGGUACCGGCGAGGACAGCGACGAUCCGCUCGCCACCAUCAAGCAGCGAUAUGAAAAGGGCGAGACCGACGAGUUCCUCAAGCCCAUCAUCAUUGGCGGCAAAGAGCGCCGUGUUCAGGACGAUGACACUCUCUUCUUCUUCAACUACCGCAGCGACCGCGUCCGCGAGAUUACCCAACUCCUGGGUGACUACGACCGCUCCCCUGUCUCCGACUACCCUUACCCCAAAAACAUCGAAGUCGUCACCAUGACUCAGUACAAGACCGAUUAUCCCUUCAAGAUCGCCUUCGAGCCUCAGCGUAUGGGCAACGUCCUUGCUGAGUGGCUUUCGAAACAGGGAGUCAAGCAGUGCCACAUCGCCGAGACCGAGAAAUAUGCGCACGUGACAUUCUUCUUCAAUGGCGGCGUCGAGAAGCAGUUCAAGGACGAAGACCGCGAGCUGAUUCCUUCCCCUAAAGUCGCCACGUACGACCUCGAGCCGCCCAUGUCUGCCCAAAAGGUCGCGGACAAACUCUCCGAGCGCAUAUCUGACAACAGAUACGAGUUCCUGAUGAACAACUUUGCUCCACCGGACAUGGUAGGCCACACAGGCGUGUACAAGGCCGCGAUCGAGGGUGUGACUGCAACAGACAAGGCCAUUGGCUCCGUAUACGAGACAUGCAAGAAGGAAGGGUACGUGCUCUUCGUCACAGCCGACCACGGCAACGCCGAGGAAAUGUUGGACGAAGAGGGCAAUCCGAAGACAAGCCAUACUACCAACAAAGUGCCGUUCGUCAUGGCGAAUGCACCUGAAGGAUGGAGUCUGAAGAAAACAGACGGCGUGUUGGGUGAUGUAGCGCCCACGGUGCUGGACUGCAUGGGUUUGGAGAAGCCGGAGGACAUGGGCGGGCAUUCAUUGCUCGUGAGGAAGUAA